GUUACGGAAUUGAUCAGAUUGUUGUGCGAUGUUGACGCGAAUUGCGAUGCAGCGACCUUUCCAGUCGAGCUAGCACCAGGUCCUUCCGUAUCAACAAGCUCCAGGCUCUCUACAGGGUCUUCGGAAAGUUCCAAUUAGCCCUGCACUACAUCGUGAAUGACAUAGUGCAUCUGCAAGGCGUCGUCUGGCUCUCCACAGGGUCUGAUCUAUCCGCAGAAGCAAUUAUCUAGCAAACUCCGGCGGAAUCGAUUCGACUCUUGUAGCUGCUCAGGUACCCCUCCUCGGAGCCCUGCUCAGCUGAGGCUUAUGGAGCCCAUCAAGGCAAGAUGGCUUCGGUGACCUCGUUCGGGAUUCACCAGCCAACAGGACUAGGUCAUGCCAUUAGCGAAAAUAUUUUGCCGCCCGACCCCUCACCAGACCUAUACAGCUGGGAGAUCUUCCCAGACACCUCGCAAAGCGAGCGUGAUGGCGAGGACGAGCUCUUGGUCACCAAAACCACCGUACUAUGGUCUCGAGGUGGUAUCUUUAGAAAGAGUUUCAAUUUUGCAGCCGAGAGCGAACCGAUAAAUCAAGCUCUGAUUACACAGUUUCCCACUCCAGAAGGAGACGCGGGGACCUCGUCUCCCCAAAAUGGAGAACCUACACAAGACAAAACUCCGGCACUGUCCAAGGCGCUUGUGGUGUUCCUCAAGACUCAGGCUCACAUAUUCUUUCUGUCUGGUACCAGCCAUGUAGUACACAUGCCCUUCGAGGUUGAGUGUGCCUGUGCCGCACCCGUCGGAGUUGUUAUCCAACGCAAGUCCCAAGCCGACAACUCCUCUCCGAUUGCUCUCAAGUUCCCUCGUGUGCCGCCCAACUCGUUCAUCUCGCCUCAUGUUUCCCCGGUUUCCCAGCGAAGCACGCAGCUGCAGUUUUCGACCGAAGGCAUGGGGAAGCCCAAGACUUUACCCCUCCGACUGAGCUCCACGCUAGAAGAUCUACUAGAACCGGGGAUGCAUAUCAACGAGUCACAGUGGCCUCGUUUGGUGUGCCUGACAGAUCCCUUCUCGGAGCUCGGUCUUGUAGUCACGCAGCCGGACAAGUCUAUAAAAAGCUACAAGCGGAGGAGCACCCCAAAAACCCCCUUUCUGGACCCGGCAGAGGAGAUCCUACAUAUCGAAACAGUCAGACAGCCUGGACAGUCGGCAUGUGACGGUGCAGAAGACUUGGUUUUGGCUAUAACUGUCAAUCGCGAGGCGAGCAACUACACCAUCUGGAGGCUAGCAUAUCUGAAUCCUGACGACAUCCUCACACGGCGCGCAAAGCCCAAGCCAAGCGGAGGUCGCAGGAGGAGUUCGAUGCAACCGGGACUUAGUGGUGCCACCAGUCCUGUCAACACAAACUUCCGCGAGAGCACCGGCGCCCAAAUACCGAUGAAAAAGACAAGAAGGAGCGAACGUGUUGAAAAAUCGUUAGAACAAGCCCUCUCCAUGGAUGGUGACACAGGAGGCGAGGUGACAAGGCGCCAGUCUCGUCGCGUCAGCUCUCUCCUCGCAAGAGCGGACCUCUCAGCAUCGCACGAGCGUGCGUCGUUUGCCAACGAGUCAAUGAUAACACAUCCAGGGGGCCGGAGAAUAGACUCCCGCAGCAGUUUACGAGGCCGUGUUAGCGGCAGUUAUAUGCCUUUGAACGUCAGCGGCAGCUACAGCGUAAAAAACAACGGCUUCUUGGAGGCACCUACUUCUGACAUAUUGGAGUCGUUACGGACUGGAGGUGACUUUGAUGGAUUCCAGAACAUUGGAUUGGAUGAUCUAGACCUCGUUGACGGCUUGUCCAAGGAAAUUCACAUGACCAAGAUCCACAGCAUUCCUAUGGACAACAAUAAUGUUCGCUAUUCCCUAUCGAGCCGUCCCGCUCGAAGUCAGUGUAAAGUUUUUGUCGUCGUCGGUCCACCGUUUGCAGUCGACGAGGAUAAUCGCACAUAUCUUUUGAUUGGUAUCCAGGAUCCGGUCGACAAAAGACUGCAACUUCAAGCUCUACAUGUGCAAACACGGAAAAAAAAGAGUAGACCAAAGUCAGCCAUCAAGUUUGGAGCCAAGCGAGCAGUUCCUCCGGAUUCAGACAUGGUGAUAACUUGGGGUCCCUUGAGGAGAGCCCAAAGUGUCGUGGAUUCGUGCAAAGUUAUAGAUGGCGAUCAGUCUAUGAUCCUGAUACUGUCAGAGGACAUGGCCGGUGAACGCGAGCUGAGCAUACAAGGCCCGUGGAGUGAGCUGACCAAGGUCAUCCUACCCCUUCUCUACUAUGACAACAUCCACAGUCUUGAGUUUGCUGGUCGGUACGACGACAAGAAACGGAAGGGAAGGAGAUCCAUCGGCGCUGGACUUACGGGGGCGCAACUAGAGGCGGUUUGUCAUAGCAAGGCUCAUGGCAUGGUGGAUAUCCGCGACAAGGCUGGUGCUUUCCAUCGGAUCCAAAUCAAGCUCGAGCCUACUGUACCUCAAGCCCGACAGCUGCUUGAUGUGUGCCGCAGCAUCUUGCCCGACUCUCACGGAGAGCGCAUGCUAGCUGGCUGGUGGCAUAUUAUGCAAUGGAUGGCUGAGAAUCAUGAGGGCCAAGUUGCCAACGUUGAAUGGUCUUGCUGCGUCAUUGAGCUUUUCGUUUUAUUCCUUGCGCUCGACCCAGCAAAUGUCUCCCAAGACCGUCAGGGUGAACCCCGCACCACAAGAAAUGCCACGGCAGCAAACAGCUCUAGCAAUUGGAAUCAGAUGCAGGAGUUUGAAACUCCCCGCUCACUGGUCUCUCCUGCAUGGAUGCAAUCCAAGGGCUGGCGCUGGCUUCUGGAAGAGCCCCAGUAUGCAUCGCUUGUAAGCCAGGAUGGUAGCCGAUCAAGCAUUCAAGGAAACGAUUUCAUUAAGCAGCACAUAGAACUCGCUAGAGGGUUCAUGGCAAGCGCGACUGGUGUCCAGCUGGUCGGAAAAGAUGGCUAUCUGCCAACCGCCACUGGGCGCAGCCUUGAAUCAAGAAGAAGCGCGGCCUGGAGCAUUAUGAUGGGUCUUCAUCUCAUACUCGAGGAGAAGAAGUUGAACACCUUGGACUCGGAAUCUGUAUUUCCAGGUCCUGCUGAUAUAAGAGUAGUCGCUUGUCAGAUCGCAAGGUGGUUGAAGUGGCACGAUUUCGUGCAGCUUUAUGAACUUGGCAUACAGACUGGAGUUGAUCCCAGUCGUGACUCAGACUUGGACUUAAGCCCUCCCUUACCGAAGCCUGAGAAGAUUCCUUCGAUACUUGACUGGGUUCAAGAGCAGCUCGGUGGUAGUAGCGGUGAACCCUUUCCAACCCUCGCGGACGUUUAUUCGACUGCAACGCAGAGUCAUAAGGACGGGUUAGAUGACCGCAGGUGGAGCAAUAUCACCCCUCGGACACUCAUGCUGCGAAACUUCUUCAGAUCUCUUGCUUCUACAAGAAGUCACGCCGAGACCGUGGAGACUUUGCAUAGGUGCGGGAUCACUGGCGAGGUCUUGGAAACCCUGCCCGAAGCGAUAGCUACGCCGCUUAGAGAUGCCAUAUCCAUGUGCCAAUCUCACCCCCCACAGCAUUGGCCAAAGGAACUCCUUGAACUGGUCAAUCGCACCGAUAUUAGCUUAAUUCUUCAGCCGGAUAGGCUGUUCCGGGACACUGUUCUCUGUAAUAGUAAUCCAUCACAUGUUGCCCAGUGGGAUCUGCAGUUGAUUUGCAGAAACCUGGAAGAUUUCAGCAGCCAGGGUUUGGAGGAUGGCGAAGGUAACGAACGUCAAGCGGUUGUUCGUGCACUGUUCAAAGAUGACCGCCGUCUAAACGAAGCCCAGAACCUGCUGUCGACCAACAAACCCAGGGUUCUGCGUUUCGAACCAAACCCCAAAUGGACAGAUGCGGAAUACCUCGAGAAGCAGAAAGAAGUCGUAACUACGCUAGCGACGGGUACACUGGCAAUACCUGCCGGGCGAGGAAUGCUUUAUUACUCAUUGCGCUUCCCACUCUUGACACAGAAAUUCCCAAUCAGUGGAUUCCAGCUAAGCUGCAACAUUAAGCCGGCGAACGUUUCUGUCAGCGUGGACAAAUCUCUGUUCACUGAAGAAAAGGUCAACUGGGCCUUCUUCCAUCAAGGAGUAGCUGCAGGACUAGCUAUAUCCCCCCAGGCCAAAGGAAUCGACACUUCCUGGAUUCUCUACAACAAGCCAGGCAAUGAUUUGAACCAUAGACACGCCGGUUUUCUUUUAGCCCUCGGCCUCAAUGGGCACCUCAAGUCAGUGGCCAAGUGGGUGGCUUUCAAGUAUUUGACGCCGAAGCACACUAUGACUUCUAUAGGGCUGCUUCUGGGCCUUGCAGCGUCAUAUAUUGGAACCAUGGAUUCUUUGAUCACACGCCUUCUCUCGGUUCAUGUCACAAGGAUGCUUCCACCAGGUGCCGCAGAGCUCAACCUGUCUCAUCUCACCCAGACGACAGGCAUAAUGGGUAUUGGACUAUUGUACUGCAACACACAGCAUCGUCGAAUGAGCGAGGUUAUGAUGUCAGAGAUCCAGUACAUUGACGACGAAGAUGAAGAAGAUCCUUUGCGAAAUGAAGGGUACAGAUUGGCGGCCGGCUUCGCCUUGGGCUUCAUAAAUCUUGGCAAAGGAGCUGAUCUGAAAGGACUGCACGACAUGCGCCUGACAGAAAAGCUGCUGACAGUUGCAUCCGCUGCAAAGAGGGUCGAAGUGGUCAACGUUCUAGAUCGAUCAGCUGCUGGCGCCGUCGUGGCCCUGGCGCUCAUCUUCAUGAAGACAGAAGACCCCAUUGUGGCACGCAAAGUGGAUGUACCGGAUUCCAUCUUGCAGUUCGACUACGUACGUCCAGACAUGCUCCUCUUGCGGACCGUUGCGAAGAAUCUGAUUCUCUGGAGCAAGAUCGAGCCGUCCAUCGAGUGGGUGCAUGGCAAUCUCCCUGCCGAGUAUCGCAAGAUGCACCGUUCUUGGCCUGCGUCGACCCUCAAGAGCAGCGAUCUGCCCUUCUUUGCCAUCAUGGCAGGUCUUUGUUUUUCCAUGGCACUGCGAUACGCGGGCUCGGCUAACGAGCGGGUCCGUGAUGUGCUGAUCCACUACUUGGAUGGCUUUCUGGGAGUGAUGCGACAGCCGGCGACUACUUUUGAUGCACAGAUGGCAAGGGGCAACGCGCGUAUGUGCGUCGAUGUUCUGGCCCUUUCUUGUGCAACCGUCAUGGCCGGGACAGGUGAUCUGACGGUUCUGCGACGACUGAGAUUACUGCACGGCCGUGAUGACGCUCACACGACUUAUGGGAGCCACAUGGCUGCACAUCUUGCUGUCGGCGCUCUUUUUCUGGGCUGCGGAACCAUGACCUUUGGUACUAGCAACUUGGCUAUCGCCGCACUCCUUGUCGCUUUUUACCCCCUAUUUCCAGCGAAUGUGCAAGACAACCGGUCCCACCUACAGGCUUUCCGCCACUUCUGGGUAUUAGCUACAGAGCCGCGAUGCCUUGUAGUGAAGGACAUGGCGACGGGCCAGCCGAUUUCCGUACCCAUAAUGAUCCAGCUCAAGCAGAAAACCGAACCUGCUACUACGACCACAGCAUUUGACAUCAAGUCGGGUGCCAAGACAAAGAGUGAUCAGGCCCAAUCCGCUGAAGUCAAGGCUCAGAAAAAGGGUUCGAAGCAGCAAAAGUCUAGUGGCCCACUCGCUUCUACGGCCGCCUCGGACUUGUCAAUGCCUCUCACUCAUCUGCUCAUACGGCGGAAUACGCCUUGCCUCCUACCACCAUUGGAGGACAUUGCAUCUAUUCGUACCGACGCUGCGGCACUGGGGUACUGGGACUUGACAAUUGAUUUCACUGCAUCGAACCCGGUCUUCCAGGACAACAGCAAAUCAGGCCCGAUUCCUCGAGCCCCAAGAAGUAAUUCCAAAGGCGAGAAAGACAAAUCUUCAAAUGCCGAUAUGAUGACGGCCUUCCGCGCCAAUCCUUGUUUGCAUCUUCGCCGACGGCCGGCUCGCGACAGUGUCUUUGGGGCAACAUUGCAAGCAUUGGGAAGACGUAACGACGGCGCUUUGGGCGGAAUUGAUGCUGGAUCUGCACGUGCUGGAGCAGCUGGCGGGAGACAGGGGACAAGCUCUAUUAGGGCCGGUAAGGCUGAUGUAGACCCUCUCGAGUGGGUAUUCAGCCUACCGUCACUCCGAGGACUCACACAUGCAGAGCGUGCUGUAGUACUGGACCGAUGCACUGUCGGAGAUGAGGGCUCUAGCGCCGUUGAUGCAAGACUCGUACUCGAGGAGGCACUGGAGGCUGGCGGACGCGAUGAGCUUCUGGGCCUCCGGUUGCUGUUCGACUGGGCCGAAAAGAGGCGCGCUGCUGCGGUACGGGACAAGGCGGCAAAAACAGCCGAGGUCAGAGUAACGCAUGGCAAGGGUAAAGGGGUGCAGAUUUCCGAGCCUGUGCGGUCCAUCAAUGACGACGCUUUGGCGGAACCUAUCGGCGAUGGAGUCGCGGGUGAGAACGGUUGGUGGAUGCGAGAUAGUGUUAUUGAAAUGCUAAAGGGGAAGGCAUGGCUGGCGAGCCAGGGCAGAAGAUAACGGCGAAUGACGAAACGAAACAAUUACAGAUGCUACACAUUUGGGCCUACAAACGCAUACAAUACGAAAGCAAAGAAUCAAAGUACCCGUGCUUGGUGCCUCGUUCAACCUUUUGACAUCUGAUUGGUGAAUCUCGACGCCUACAGGUGUUGGUCUGAAUGUGAGCAAGGCGUGACAGUGUGGCUUACACGUGUAGGGGCCAAACAGACGGCACUGGUCAACGGCAGUACGGUUCAAUAGUCGUUUGUGAAGACAAAACGUUUCGCACGAAUUUUGACAGCCUAGGUCAAGUCGGAGCUACAUAUCCGCCGCUGGCAACGAGUAUGCAAGGGGCCAAAGAAAAGAAGGUUUGAACGGUGCCCGGGAGGUCACACUAAAAAACCCUGGAGGCGCUGGAUCCGGCACGGCCCUUGAGAGUGCCUAGGCUGAGAAAAGGUGCCACAGGAGCCACAUCACACUUUGGCUUGAGGACAUGGCACUCGAUCUGGUAACGGUGCCGAUCGCCUAGCUCAGAGCCGGACAAUAUCAGAAUCAGCUCUCCAAGCUGCCUGUAGAUGUGAUAGCCACCAGAAUCACGAUUGACAAUCAGCUCCGGUUGAUGUGCUUCUAUAAUGCCUGAAUACAAUGCUCAGGGUGGCGCCUUCAGUCGAGCGAGUUCUCGGCUACACAAUUCCAGGCACGAGAUUUGCGCCUCGAACCGGAGACUAUUGGUUUUUCUUUGUCCUUUUGUAUGUUCAAUAGUUUGCUUUCAAGCAACGGUCGGGACCGGCAGCUAUCGGGCUUUUGUUCAACCUCGACUAUAUCCAGCACACACUGAUAUCGCCACCGUGACGAGAGCUUGGUUUGAAAAUGGAUAUCAUGUAUAUAUAUAAAAGGCCGAGAUGAUCGCGAUGAUGUAGAAAAUAUAAUGUGCCAGGCUUCAAACAAGAACGCUCCUCACACAGCGACUAGAACA